AUGGAGGAGAACAGCACAUUUCUUACCCCUGAGUACAAUGACAGCACCACCGUUUGGGCACCAAUGCCCUCAGCUCCCAGCAGACUGCUGGGCACCCUUCCCAACCUGCAGACACGCUUCAAGGACCUGACAGGGAUAUUUUUCAUGGUGACCCUGAAUGUUCUGGCUCUCCUGGCCAACACCGCUGUUCUGGUUGUUGUCACAAAAGCCCCUCACCUCAGGAAAUUUGCCUUUGUGUGCCACCUGUGUGCAGUGGACCUGCUGUGUGCCAUCUUGCUCAUGCCUCUUGGGAUUGUGUCCAGCUCUCCGUACUUUGUCGGUGUGGUGUUCACAGUGCUGGAGUGCCAGGUCUACGUCUCUCUCAAUGUAAUCCUCAUAGCUGCCUCAAUCUUCACCAUCACAGCCAUCAGUGUGGAGCGCUACUACUACAUCGUCCACCCCAUGCGCUACGAGGUCAAGAUGACGCUGAAGCUGACUGCAGCCGUGAUCGCGAUGGUGUGGGUGGCCUCUACCAUGCUGGGGCUGUCCACCGCGUUCGGUUGGCCGUCCUACGGCAGCCUGAGCUCCAUCAGCGCUGCACGCUGCUCGCUGCACUGGAGCCACAGUGACCACAGGCGAGUCUUCUCGGUGCUCUUUAGUGUCACCUGUUUCUGCCUGCCUGCUGUUGUGAUUUUUGCUGUGUACUGUAAUGUGUACAAGGUGGCCCGAGUGGCAGCUCGCCAGCAUGGGCCUCUGCCCUUGUGGACAAACAGUCAACUGAAGCAUCGCUCUGACUCAAUAAACAGCCAGACCACCAUCAUCACAACCCGCAACGCACCACGUAGGUUUAUGCGCGACCGGCCUUUUGGCGGAGGUAAAGCCGCUCUCACUCUGGUGGUCAUUGUUGGCCAGUUUCUGAUCUGCUGGCUGCCUUACUUUGCCUUCCACCUCCACCUGACGCUAGACGCAACGCUUAAGAUACCUGAUGACCUGGAGGAAGCGGUCACCUGGCUGGCGUAUUCCUCCUUUGCUAUUAACCCAUUUUUUUACGGGCUUCUUAACCGGCAGAUCAGGGAGGAACUUUGUAAACUGAGGCGCUGCUACUCGACCCGGCCUGUAGAGCUGACUGUCUCCAGCCACGAGGGCUCAGGCCACGAGAACUUCCUGCAGUUCCUCCAUAGGACCAGCUGCACAGUAGAGACACGAGCAAGCUUCGCCACUUCCAGUCCUAGAAGCACUCUGGAUCAAACUGGGCAGACUGGUUUCAGGAUACCAGGACAGAUCCCAGAAGAGUUCAGUUAG